AUGUUGACUGAACUAAUCAUGAACCAGCAGUCACAAGCUGAUCAGUCUGUAGGUCGGCAAGAAGUUCCCCCACAGAACGAAGAAAUCCAGAACAAUGAGAAAGUAAGAAGUUCACACUCCGGUAGGUCUAAGGAAACAACCCGGAGAGUGAACCCCGAUGGUACUGUUGGAGAAACUGAAAUGCCUCGCUACCUUGUUGUUCCAAAACUGGAGAAGUAUGAAGGGUUGACUGACCCCUGUGACCAUAUCCAAGGUUUCAAAUCAAUGAUGGAGUGUCGGGGGGCAAAUGCACUCAUAAUGUGUAAGAUCUUCCCAUCAACCCUUUUCGAGCCAGCAGGAACUUGCUUCAAUCGAUUACCAAGACAUAGUGUGACUAGUUUUGGGGACUUGUCCGAAAAACUCGCGCUUCACUUCUCCGUCGCACGUAAGACGGCAAAGACUAGUUUAGACCUGAUGAAUCUUGACCAUGAGCCUAGAGAAUCACUUCGAUCAUUUCUGGCCAGGUUCAACAGAGCAUGUUUGGAAAUCCCAUAUGUCCAGGUAGAAGUAGCUAUUUCAGCCCUGGUAAGGACGAUAAGGGAUGAAGCGUAUAAGCAAGGAAGAGUAGAAGGAAGGAGUGAUAAGAGGAAGGAUGAUCAAUCCAGCAGGAAGACUGACCAGGGUCCAGUCCCUAGGUAUAGUUCCUACACUCCUCUUAAUAAUUCAUUGCAUAAUAUCCUUCUCGAAGUAAGCAACAGGGAUAUACUGAAGUGGCCUAUGAAAAUGAGGGCCCCAGUCGAAAAGCAUACUUCGGAUAAGUAUUGUCUAUUCCAUAGGGAUCACGGCCAUGACACAGAAGAAUGUAGGCAUCUCAAGGAUGAAAUUGAAGGUCUCAUUAGGAGAGGCUACCUAAAGCAGUUCACUUCAGAUAGAGAAGAAAAGAGGAGAAUAACCGAUGGUGACGAUAGGGAUGACGACCGAAGAAGACAAAGAAGAAGGGAUAGGUCUCCUCGUCACCAAAGGGGGACUACUGGAACAAUUGGAGUAAUUGUAGGAGGUUUGGUUGCAGGAGGAGAAUGCUCCUCGGCAAGAAGGGCUUAUUCUUUAAUAAAUGAAGUUCUGGUGGAUAAUGGUAGUGCGGUAGAUAUCUUAUUCUAUCAUGCUUUCAAAGAGAUGAAGAUCUCAGAAGAUAAAUUGAAGAACUUUUAG